UGCCAGGUUGUGUUAUUGUUGUUAGUACUCGAACUGCUUCAAUGUGAUUGGUUAGUCCUUCGUCUUUGCAAGUUAGUGGAGGGUUGAACGUGACCGCCAUCUAUUGGAGACGUUUGGAAACCGCACCCAAACUUUGUCCUAUUUGUAUUUGGACGUGAACAAUCCCUAUUCUGCAUUAUUCAGGCAGAUCUUUUGAAGUGGGCACUUUGAAAGGUGCAAGACAAUUAUAUCUCACAAUUUGUUCGUUUUGAAUGCACAUGGUGAGAGGAGUGAUUGAAAACAAUGCGAUUUUCUCUUUAUCUGGAAAGACCCAAGUGUGGCGUACGUCAUUUGAAGUGCCCUUCAAGACCUCGUAUCAAGAAUUCCUGACGAUUGGAAACCGAAAACACCAUAGGCAACAUGUAACUUAUGAAAUCCUUUGUAGAUAAUAAAACAAUUCGUUUGUUGUUGAUUAAAAGAAAAAUAAUGCAAACUGGAUAGGUAGUGUUUAAAUAUUGAUUAUUAAAUAUUAUAUUUAUGCAAAUUUCCUUAUUUGGCUUUUUCUGUAUUGUUUUAUAGUCGUGUUUGCACCAACUUAAGGUGCAAUAUUUUUUUUAAUCUCUGAAUUAAUGUGUUUAUACCCCUUUCAAAGCAACAUUGAAAAGAAAAAAAUCAUGGAUUCAGUGGAAAUCAGAGUCUCCUCGCACAAUCACAAGCACCGAUGACUCCUCUAAUGAAGCCAACAGUACAGACAAAACUUACGGCUAUGUGGCCUGUGUGUUUUCAAUGCUGUUGUAUGGAAGUAAUUUUGUUCCUGUUAAAACAAUAGAUGCUGGAGAUGGAAUGUUUUUCCAGUGGGUAUGCUGCUCGGCUAUAUGGUUUGUUGGGCUGGUUGUUGACAUGUUGUUUCACCCAUCCAGAGCUCAUCCAGCAGCCAUGCUCGGUGGAGCAAUUUGGGCCACCGGAAAUAUAACAGCUGUCCCAGUUGUGAAGUUUAUUGGCCUUGGACUUGGAAUUUUGCUUUGGGGAUCCAGUGGUUUGCUAAUGGGAUGGGCAAGCUCAAGGUAUGGCUGGUUUGGGUUGCAUCCAGAGGAAAUACCCAAACCGAUACUUAACUAUUGUGGAGCUGGUCUUUGUUUGCUCAGUGCCAUUAUAUUCUUCUUUGUGAAAAGUGAUGUUCAGAAACGUUCAUCUACCGAAACCAUGCCUUUGUUGAUUGAUGACAGGAGGUUAAAUCCUGACAGCACCAGUGAUUCAUGGGUGGACACGAUUUCACCAAGGAGUAAGAGAGUGUUUGGUUGCAUCUUGGCCGUAUUUUCAGGGGUCCUUUAUGGCUGUUCUUUCGUGCCUGUUUUCUAUAUUAAAGUCCAUGCCAAAACCAAUUCCAGUAUAUUCACUGGUUCCAGUCAAAGUGAAAUUGACUACUGCUUUGCCCAUUACAAUGGAAUUUUCCUCACGAGCACAGUGUAUUUUCUUGCUUAUUGUGCAGCCACGAGGAACAGACCUCGGAUCUACCCCAGAGCCAUCUUGCCUGGUUUCUUAAGUGGUUUGAUGUGGGGACUGGCCACAUAUGCAUGGCUUAUAGCAAAUUACUACCUCAGUGCCGUGAUCACAUUCCCUAUAAUUAAUGCUGGUUAUGGUUUAGUAGCUGCUCUGUGGGGGAGUGUGGUAUUUAAAGAGGUCAAAGUAGGGAGUCGGAAACUUGCUGGUGUUUGUUUUUGCAUCUCUUGCUGUCCUGGCUGGCAGCUGCUUAACCGCGUAUUCAAAGAUUUGAGUCUGUACAUUAUAUUACCACAAGGUGGCGAUGGCGGAAUACGUUUUGAACAAAAAAUCUUCCCAGAUUUGCAAUCACUUAAUAAUUUUAUCACCUGGAAUAGUGGUUCCCCAGCUGCUUAUAGACCUUUAUCUAAAUGUAAUUGCUGUCAAAAUGUGUAAUGUCACACGUUUGUUUAUUUUUAUGAAUUAAAACAAGUUCCUCCUCUAGGAGAGCACAUUAUUACAUGUAGGCUACUGCUAUUUAUACUUCACUUAAAUUGAAUUCACUUAUAAAUGCAUCUGUCAAAACAACGUUUGUUUACAUACAACUUCUUCCUGGCAACACGAGCUAUUGUUAUUUGUUUCCUAGCAGACCUAAUGGUUAAUGAUCUUCUUUCCUGUUUUCCAUGCAUUUAAGACUUUGU